AUGGAGAUUUAAUCAUCUAACCAAAUCCAAGAUACUAUUCACAAUCUUUACACUCUGGUCAAGAACUCACCUGAUGAUCAUCAUCAACAUAUUGAGGUUUCUCAGAAUCUAGUAAAUUUAUACAAUGAUUAUGAAAUCAGCAGUCCUGGACAGCUAUCUCUCUCUGACUACUCUUAAUUUAUGAUAAGCCACUUCUUAGUCUUCGACACUAAUAAUGCAAGAUAUCUCUGGAAGAGAAUCCCCUCAAAUUUAAAAGAAAAGGAAGCUCUCACUAACACCUAAUUGAUCGAAUUAUGGGAAAUUGGGAGAUCUCUUACCAAGCAGCAAUAUCAGAAUGCAUUUAAGUUGAUAGAUUUAUUAGUAAAUUCACUUUAGCAGGAUUCUGAGUAAAAUGGAAGUAUGCUGAAGCUUCUUGAGAUCCUUUCAACUCUACUCAGAGAACAUCUAAUUAUCAUGAUUAGGAAGGCCUAUGCCACUAUUGAAAAGGGCAAGCUAAAAGCAUUACUUGGACUCUAACAUUAUAGCCAGCAACAGUUCGGGGAUUAUAUUGCAAAAAAGGGAAUGAGCUUAAGCUUAAAAGACAGUGGAUUUGUUUUGCCAGGCCACAAUCAAGUAUCAGCCAGAAAUAAAAAGCACUUUGAGCUUAAUGAGGACAGAGUCGAGUAGCUAGCUCAAGUUGUAUAGUUCCUAGAACAAUAGAAAUAUGAUUUUAAUAAUGUUAAUUGA